GUAUCCAAAGGAUUGAACGCCUUUUCUUUCUGGGAGAUUCGACAAAGUACAAUUGCGAUGGCACUUCUUCGUCGGGCUCGGGCAAGUGGGGCUAACAGAAACCACUCGCGCCACCGGCCAUGUUCUAUCCUUCUAUUCCCAGUUCAGCGCCCAAGACUUUCCUCAUCAAUUCGGAAAGCAUGUUGGUCUAAAAUGACCGGUCAAAAAUUUCAGCACCUAAACCUUCUGGCUGGCACAAAUACCCACGUCUCAAACCCCUCUCUGUAUCGGUCUAUCCCUGCAUCUCCGUCCCCUCCAAAUGAAACUAUUCCUCCUCAUCGCGAUCCUCUCCUCGUCGCCCAUUCCUUCUCUUUCCGUCAGUCCGAGAAUCGGCGAUUGCCAGCCCGCCAGCUGCGGGAACGUGACGCGCAUCUCGUACCCCUUUAGGGUCGGCGGGCGGCAGCCCAGCUACUGCGGCCACCCCGCCUUCGAGCUCGUCUGCGGCGGCGACGGCGUGCCGGCCCUCAAAUCCUCCUACGAUGGCUACUACUUCGUUCGCAGUAUCUUCUACCACAAUAGCUCCGUUUGGCUCGGCAACAGCAACUGGCUACACGGCAAGUGCCCCCUCCCGCUUUUCAAUCUCACGUUUGGCCUCUCGCCGCUGGCCAUUAGCGCCGUCAAUGCGAAGCUCUUCUUCUUCUACGCUUGCUCGGGAAUUAGUCCUGCGGCGAAUUACUACUACCGUGUCCCCUGCGCGAAUGAUACCUCUGUGUAUCUCGGCGGGUUCGAUGCGGGGCUCGAGGGGCUGAAUCCGUCGAGAGAGUGCGAGGCGGCCGUCGUGCCGGUCGUGGGGAUCGAGGGAGUAAACGCGAGUGGCUAUGAGAAGCUCUUGCGGAACGGGGUCAUUGCGGAGUGGACGGUGGCCGAUUGCUCCCAGUGCGAGGCGAGCAACGGCCAGUGUGGCUACGAUGGCUCCGCCUUCAUGUGCAUUUGCCCUGACCGGCCCCAUUUAAGAAGCUGCAAGAAAAGCAAUCUUGGGAAGAAGAUUGGAAUAGGAAUUGGUGCAGGUGCAGGAGGUAUUCUUGUAAUAAGUUUUGUUUGCCUUCUUGUGUACAAACAAAAGAAAAGAAAGCGGACACCCUCCUCUUCACUUCAGCUCAAACAAACCAACUCUUCUCGGCAAAUUCUUGACCUUGAGUUAAAUACUGCACAAUAUCGUACCCACAUUUUCUCCUAUGAGGAACUUGAAGAAGCCACCGAUGGCUUCAAUGCCUCCAAAGAACUUGGCGAUGGUGGCUUUGGCAGAGUCUACGAAGGGAAGCUCCGAGAUGGACGCACUGUUGCAGUGAAACGCCUAUACGAGAACAGCUACAAGCGGGUUGAGCAGUUCAUGAAUGAGGUGGACAUCCUUUCUCGCUUGCGUCACCAGAGCCUUGUUACCCUCUAUGGCUGCACCUCCAGCAACAGCCGUGAGCUCCUCCUCGUGUAUGAGUACGUGUCGAAUGGAACUGUUGCAGACCACCUCCAUGGUUCCCGUGCUGGGGAACGAGCCCUAACGUGGUCCCUCCGGUUGAAUAUUGCCAUAGAAGCAGCCGAUGCACUGGCUUACCUCCAUGCUGUCGAGCCUCAAAUUAUACACCGUGAUGUUAAGACAACUAACAUCCUCCUUGAUAACAGUUUUCAUGUAAAGGUAGGUGACUUCGGGAUGUCCCGAUUAUUCCCUCUCGAUGUCACCCAUGUCUCCACGGCACCACAAGGCACACCAGGGUAUGUGGACCCGGAGUACUACCAAUGCUACCAGCUCACAGAUAAGAGUGAUGUAUAUAGCUUCGGGGUGGUGUUGGUGGAGCUGAUAUCAUCCAAGCCGGCGGUUGACAUAAAUAGGUCCAGAUAUGAGGUCAAUCUGGCUAGCUUCGCUAUCAGUAAGAUCCAGAGCAAUGAACUUGAUCAGUUGGUGGACCCGGAAAUUGGGCAUCACUCAGACUCGGAAAUGAAGAAGAUGAUUGCUCAAGUGGCUGAACUGGCAUUUAGAUGUUUGAGAUUAGAGAGGGAUAUGCGGCCUCCUAUGAAGGAGGUUUUGGAGGUGCUGAGAGGUAUACGAGACGGGGCCAACAAUGUGGAGAAUGUGGGCAAGGGUGCUUUGGCUCAGGAGGACGCCUACUUGUUGAGGAAGAAUCCACCAUAUUCUCCUGAUUCUGUGACGGAUAGAUGGAUGAGCAAGUCGACGACGCCUAACAAUAGUGCAUGAGGUACUCUACCUACUAAAGCUAGCACUACUAUGUUUCCCCGAUUAAGCAGCCCUUUUUGAUUAAUGUAACAAAGAGUUGGAAAUGCGUUUUUGAGUUGUAUAUAUUAUUUCUUUGUAAUACGGUGUUUAGUUUGCAUAUGGUAUUUUCAUGAUAUAAUGUUAUUCUUUUCAUGAACACUGAUAACGAAAAAUUUUCUAUUUUUUA